AUGAGACCUUUGUACCUGGUGCUUAGGCACCUACUCUUCGCCAGCCUAACGCGUGCCCAGUUCGGGGUUCAGAAUGAUAGGUCAGUUCUCGGUAUUAACAAUGAGUUCUCAGGUGUUUGUUACACAUAUGUUUCGGUCUACCCAGUCCUUGCCGAUCCCGAUUAUAUCACCAUCACAAAGCCCUACAGAGGCUCAGUAACAACGCAGUAUACUGUUCCACCGCAGGGUGAUGAGCCUGGUAUUGUUAUUGUUGAACAGCCGGGCGGUUCGUCGGCGCCGGAGAAUGUAGUCAUCCCUGCGACGGAUGAUCGGUCUUAUGUUAUUAUCAUUAGACCGCAUUCAGGGCCGGAUCCGAUAUCUGCGCCUAUUACGCAGGUUGUCCCCCCGAGAAGUGGGCAGCCGGGACAGAUUAUUAUUGAGACGCCGGAGACGCAGGUUGGUGAUGCGACGCCGGGUGUGUUGCAGCCUCUUACACUUGAGCCGAAGGAGGUGACUGGCUAUGUGACGGUUCUUCGACCAUUGACUGGAACAUUGGCGUCGUUGCAACUAAUCACGAUUUCACCGACUGGGACGAACCGUGGAUCGGUUGUUAUUAAUGUCCCGACAUCGGCACUCAAUGGGGGAAGCCUCCAGGGUCUUACUCUCGAGCCUGCACAGGAUGGUGAUUAUGUCACCGUGAUUGAACCAGCGGGCACAGCCUUCAGCGGAACUGUCCCAAUUAGAUUAACAGUACCACCGACCAAUGGAAACCCUGGUACUGUAGUCAUCCAAACUCCUAUACCUGGAACUCUGGGGCCGUUGGCACUUGAGCCUCUAACCCCUAACACUUUGGGUGCCUUGGGACUCGCUGGCCAAACGAUCACUCUUCAACCUGCCGAUGCGACCGGCUAUGUAACCAUCAUCGAACCUGCCGAAGGAAGCGUUACCCCGACAGCACCUAUCCGAACUACCAUUCCACCGACUGGUACCAAGCCUGGAACUGUACUCAUACAAACACCACCGGGUUGGAAUGAUGGGGGAGAUGGUGCAGUUACACGAGCUCGUCCUCAGGGUUCGGUAUCGUAUACCACUAUUACUCGUGGUGUACCAAUGGGUCUUGGUGGCUCAGGAAGCGGUUCAGAUGGCGGGUCAAAUGGAGGUUCAGGGUCUGGUGAUGUUCAGGGUCAACCAGGUCAAGGCGGCGAUGACAAUUCAGGGCCGCGACAAACCCUUACUAUUCCUCCCGAGGGUGGUAACCCCGGCACUGUCCUUGUGUUAACACCUGACCACCCUAAUAACCCACAGACUGGUAACAAAGGUGGAGGCGAUGAUGGUGCCCAGGCUACUGGAGGAUCCAGUGGUGGGAAUCAAGGUUUAUCAGGCUCAUCGAGCGGAGGAAAUGAACAGAGUGGAAGCGGGGGAAGCUCCAACAAUGGAGGAUCUGGAGAUGGCACCAACAGCGGCAGUGGCAGCUCCUCUGGACAAGGAGGCAGCUCCAGCAAUGGGGCUUCUGGAAACAGUGAUGACCCCGUGAAGGGCGGUGUUCAGGGGUCCGGCUCUGGAUCAGAAGGCGAUAAUGAUGACGCUGCAUCUGGGAACGGGGGAUCUCCAGGCUCAAAUAACGGCAACGGGUCUGGAAAUGGCGGGUCAUCAAGCUCUGGCGGAUCUGAUACCAGCGGAAACAGUGGUUCGGGAGGAACCCAAGGCGGAGCUCAAGGUGGCUCCGACAGUGAGGGUGGUUCUGGAGGUAAGGAUGGACCGACGCCAGGAGGUACUGAGUCUGAAGGCGGUGGCUCAGAGGGCGGCUCAGAUUCUGGCAAUGGAAGCUCUGGUGGUACUGGGUCGACUUCUGGCGGCAAGGGUUCCAAUGGAGAGGACGACGGUGACUCUGAAUCCGGAGGAAGCAAUUCUGGAGGGGAUAGUGGUGCUUCAGGCCAGUCAUUUUCGUCACGAAGUGCAAGUGCUUCUCGUCGCUCAAGCACUCGAUCACCAAUCGUCAGGACAUCCCCUUCAACCUACGUCGUCACAUCCAGCAGCACUGUCUUCACCAUUACCGCUGAUAUCCUUGGGACCCUCACCGCCGAGCCUCAGAGGACACGUCGAUCAACCGCCAGCGGCCGUCUCACAGGUGGAGUCGAAGGGCUAGGUGGCAGUGAAAUUGCAACUACCGAAAGAACGACAUUCAGACGCCCUUCAAACAGUCGGUCUACCACAUCCGCGGUCGGUACUGCUGGCGACGCUGCUUCUGGAGUUGGGUCUGAUUCACCUCAAACUACACAGGCUCCUGGAAGGCCUUCGAGUACUAGACGAGCUGGCGAUUCAUCAAGCUCCGGCUAUACUGGCACUGUUGGUACGCGCGUCCGUCCUGGCGGUAGUGAUCUGAGCUCUACACGCAGCAGGACUUCCACUUCAGGGCAAGCCUCUCGACCUUCAGAUGGCGAGACCACUAUUGUCGAUAGUGGCCCUGUCAUAACAAAUGAUCCUGGCUCUGAUGCAGAGGAAGCUACGCCAUCUGUUGGAAACAACGCCCAAAGCCCAUCUACCCGCUCCGCCCAGAGAUCAAGUGUCUCUCAAUCCACUAGUGCGCAAAGGCCUGUUGCAGAAACUUCUUCGUCAGGUACUCGUUUCACUGCAAGACCUGCUGUCAUAUCGACUGAUGGUGGCAAUGCUGAAGUUGGAGGGACACCGCAGGCUUCACAGAGAAGUAGCAGGGCUACUAACGCCGUAUCGGGCUUUGUCGAAGGUGACCCUGAAACCAUUGCGACAGGGAACAAGGGCGGUACAGCUUCGGGAGACAAUGAGGCGACAUCACAGGUAUCAGGAGCUUCCAGUGGAUCACAGUCAACCAACGCUGUUAGCGCCGGCUCUUCUUCAACUGCAGCAAGAUCUAGUGCUUCGGCCACCUCGCGCGAGGGUUCGUCUGCCUCUGAUGCAGCUCGAGGCUCCAGUGCGGGUACAUCAACAGCAUCGCAGGGCGCGGGCCAGAGCUCAAGCCCCUCCAUAACAAGCGACGAGUUCAAUUAUGAGACUCUUAUUGGCACUCAGAGUGUUCCGGAGUCGGAGCGCGUGGAACAGCCCGGUGACACGUCGACUCGCUCAGCGACAAGCAGUGGUGCUGGAUUGACAGGCCAGCCAGCUGCAGGAGUUGGAGGCUCAACAACUGCUGAGUCAAACUCACAAAGCACUGGUGUUGAUGUUGAUGAUGACCCAACGACAUCUAGUGGAAAGUCGCUCGCUGGAGGACCUGUAGCUGGUGCUACGUCUGGAAGUGCGGGUGAGAGCUCUGUGAGCGACGACUCUGAUGCUGAGACCUCCGCUUCUGGAGAGCCUAACUCGGAGACGGCAUCCGAUGAUGCUCGCGAAACAGGAGACGCGACUGGUACAGCUCAGCCCGAGGAUGGCGAGAUUAGCUUAAUCUCACCUCAGGUGCCAGUUCCUACCGAUCCAUUGCCAGAGUCUGAAUCGAGCAGUCAGUUGCUCACUGGUGGAGUCGAAGGCAUACCCGGCAUUAGUGACUCGCCGUUUGAGUCUCCUGAGCUGCCACUGCCUACCGCGGUAUCAACUGGCCCCCUUCCUGACUCUGGCACUAGAGCUUCUACAGAGCCAUCGCAGAGUGGCUCGACAGAUGGCGAUGGCGCCAGCAAUACAGAAGAAGCAGAUGCUGAGCCUUCUGAGACAGAUGUUGAAGCAGAAAGCGAGACACCUGGCCCUGAUGCUACUUCUGAUGGCCCGUCAGCUACUGGAGAUGGUGAUGAUACUAUCUCAGCUGCGACAACAGUCACCAUAUUCAUUGGCGGUCCUGCUUCGGUCACAAGAACUGUAUACAUCCCACCUACAGCGUCUGGAGAAGCCGGAACUCUCAUCAUCGAGACACCUACUGGUGUCCCUGAAGCCAGUCAGACGGGUGAUGAUAGCGCAGAGGAGACUGACGAUUCUACUGAGACAGGUGCUCCCACUGAAGCAGAAGAGGAAGCUAUCUCGGCGGCGACUACAGUCACUAUCUUCAGUGGAGGUCCCGCGGCAGUCACGAGAACUACUUACAUCCCACCAACAGCUUCUGGCGAGGCCGGAACUCUUGUUAUUGUGACUCCCACCGGUGGAUUGGAUGCUGAAACAAGCGGCGAUGGCGAUGUUAGUUCCGAGACUGGGCCUGCCACUGAUGCAGAAGAGAUUACAGCCGGGACAACCAUCACUAUCUACAGUGGCGGCUCAGGGUCUGCAACUCGAACUAUUUAUAUCCCUCCCACCGUUUCGGGCGAAGCUGGCACACUCAUUGUGGAGACACCCACGUCUGGUCUGGGCGGUGAUGACUCUAGCAUCACUGGCACCGGCGCCAGUGGCCCAACUGCAAUCGUCACCCCUGAAGGCCCAGGCAAUGUCACUAUCUAUAGUGGCGGACCUGUCUCUUCAACAACAACUCGCUUCAUUCCCCCUACCGCAUCAGGAGAGCCCGGUACUGUGGUCGUUGAGACACCAACAGCUGGUCCGCAGGCUACAGGUAUCGGAAAUAUUACGAUCGUCACAGGUGGUCCUGCUACGGUUACUCAGACUCGGUAUAUCCCUGCCACGGCGACUGAUGAGCCUGGAACUAUCGUCAUCGAAACACCUACUUCCCAAGUUGAUGAGGAUGGUGGUGCAGGAAACACAACUUUAUAUAGUGCGGUAUCUGCUACUGGUACUCGCACCAUCUAUAUUCCACCCACAGUAUCUGGUGAGCCAGGAACUGUCAUCAUUGAGACCCCUGCUGUGAGGGCAGUGACUGUCUACACAGAUGGUCCUGCAUCAACCACCCGAACGCUCACUAUUCCGGGCACUGCCUCAGAUGACCCUGAUACAAUUCUCAUCGAGACUCCUACUUCGGGCUCAGGCUCAGGUCCUGCUAACGUCACUGUUUAUACUGGUAUCUCUGCCACUGUCGCAACUACUCGUUUCGUUCCUGGCACAGCUUCAGAUGAACCAGGAACAUUCAUUGUUGAAACACCAAUUGGAAGUCCAACCUACGUGACAGUCUACAGUGGUGGCACAGGUACAGCUGUUACGACGAUCUAUUUGACACCGAGUGCAUCUGGUGGCUCAACUACUAUGAUCAUCCAGACUCCCACCCAAGGAUCCGAGGAGUCUGACACAGAUGAUGGUGAAGCGUCUGAGACUGGAACCAUCACAGAAGCUCGAAGCACAUCGGCGACCCGUGGGAACGUAACUAUCUACACCCAAGCUCCCGGAACAGCGGGCGGGACAUUCUACUUCCCACCUGAUGACCCAGAAGAGUCGGGCACUAUCAUCAUCGAGACACUUCCUGGUGAUGCUGAAGAGACUGGCACUGAGUCUAUUGAAGGUUCUGUCGCCCCAACUGCUGGUAGUCGGGUCAAUACCACAAUCUUCAGCGGCGGCCCAGUAACUGCGCCUAGAACAUUAUACAUAUCAGCAACAGUUUCUGGGGAACCGGACACCGUUCUUGUUGAAACACCAACCACUGGCCUAGGAGCAGAGGCGUCAAAGCCAGCGACCGGCCAGCGAUACACAACCAUCUUCGGUGGAGGGUCCGGAACAACCACGAGGACUAUCAUUAUUCCUGCAACUGUAUCUGGUGAGCUGGAUACUAUUCUCAUCGAGACGCCCACUGGCGGUGCUCCUGAAGUCACAAUCACUAGAGGGGGACCAGUCUCAGUGGCCACGACUGUAACGAUCCCUGGUGCGCCUGGCGAACCUGACACUGUUCUCGUUGAGAUUCCAACUGAAUCUAGCGAUGCUGAGCCUUCAGAGAGCGGUAAUGGCCCAGGCGAAGUGACUUCGACGCGCGGCGGACCAGUUACAGCUGCAACGACAAUUACAAUUCCUGGCCAAUCAGGCCAGCCAGAUACGGUUAUUAUUGAAACGCCGACUCGUGCGGCUGAAGUCACAAUCACAAGGGGAGGACCUGUUUCUGUCGCCACGACUGCAACAAUUCCUGGAGCGCCUGGUGAGCCAGAUACGGUUCUUGUGGAAAUACCAAUCGAGUCUGCCGAUCUAUCGGUGACUGGAAGAGGUGCGGGUGAAAUAACUUCCACUCGUGGUGGACCAGCCACGGCCGCAACGACGAUCACCAUCCCAGGUAUAUCAGGCCAGCCAGAUACGGUUAUUGUUGAAACACCUACAACCGCCUCUGAUAGCGAGGAAUCUACGGCGACAGGAGAUGGUCCAGCUGAAGUGACAUCUACUCGAGGAGGACCGGUAACAGCUGUAACUACUAUCACUAUUCCUGGUGAAUCAGGCCAGCCAGAUACCGUUAUUAUCGAAACACCUCUAUCAUCUAGUGAGACUGUGCCAUCUGCAACUGAGGGCCAAGAUGAGGUUACUAUCACUCGCGGUGGACCUGUAACUGCAGCCACGACAGUGACUAUUCCUGGAGUUUCUGGUGGUCCAGACACCGUGUUUGUUGAAAUACCCACUCAAUCUUCUGGAGAGCCUGAAAGAACUGCUGUUCAGGAGGUCACACUUACUCGGGGUGGUCCUGUGACAACCCCUAUCACAGUUACCAUCCCUGGAGCAUCCGGCGGUCCUGAUACUGUUUACAUUGAGGUACCCACAGAGUCUGUUGGGAGCGGAGCUGUUCAGCAGACUACUAUCACACGAGGUGGCCCUGUAACAGCUGCCACAACGUACACAAUUCUUGGGGCGGCGGGAGAGUCAGAUACUGUGUAUAUCGAAACGCCUACUGAGUCCGCUGGUGGGGGUAGUGAAAUACCGGUAACUGGAGCCGUUCAAGAAGUCACUAUUACGAGAGGCGGUCCGGUCACAGUGGCAACCACAGCCACAAUCACUGGUGUUUCUGGGGGACCAGACACAGUCUUUAUCGAGAUACCCACGGAAUCUGCACGUCGAAGUACGGAGUCGCCAGUGACAGGAGCUGUUCAGGAAGUUACUAUCACGCGUGGAAGUCCCGUCACAGCGGCAACGACGAUUACUAUUCCCGGAGCUUCUGGCGAGCCAGAUACCAUUCUGGUUGAAGUUCCGAUUGAGUCUGCUGAACGGUCUUCAGAAACAAGCUCUGUACGCGAAGUCACUAUUACAAGAGGUGGUCCAGUUACAGCAGCGACAACGCUUACGAUUCCCGGCGAAUCUGGUGGGCCUGACACUGUAUUGGUUGAGAUUCCAACUAGCUCUUCUGACGAUGGCGAUAAGUCUUCCACAACUGGUUCUGUUAGGGAAGUCACUUUCACACGGGGAGGACCAAUUACAGCAGCGACAACACUCACGAUUCCUGGUGAGUCCGGGGGACCAGAUACUGUGCUGGUCGAAAUCCCAACCAGUUCAUCCAAUGGAGGCGGUUCUACCCAAGGAGAUGUUACAAGUACUCGUGGCGGUCCUGUUACAGCCGCUACAACCAUCACUAUACCCGGUGUAUCAGGCGGGCCAGAUACCGUCAUCAUCGAAACCCCCACCGAGUCUGCCAUUGAGCCAUCAGAGACUGAUGACCGUCAAGAGGUCACCAUUACCCAAGGUGGCCCUGUCACAUCCGCGACGACGAUCACUAUCCCAGGCUUAUCGGGAGAACCAGACACUGUUAUCGUUGAGAUACCUACUGGUGCUUUUGAGACUCCCAACAAUGCUCUCGCCAACGUCACUGUCUACAGUGGCGGCCCUGUCUCAGCUACUCGUACCAUCUAUCUUCCACCCACUGCAUCUAGUGAGGCUGGCACUAUUGUUAUCGAGACACCAGAUGGCUCUAGUCCGACAGAAACUGCUCGUGGACCUGGAAAUGUCACCAUAUACACUGGUGUCGCCGGUACAGCUACAAGAACCGUCUUCAUACCUGCUACAGCUUCAGGAGCACCAGGUACACUACUCAUCGAAACGCCAACAGGUUCUGUGGAGACCACGGGAAGUAUUGCUGCAACAGCGACAGGGCCUAUUACUACCUCUGAGGGCAGACCCAACACUACAAUCUUCAGUGGUGGAUCUGGUUCAUCAACUAGGACAGUCUACUUCCCACCAGCUUCUGAUGAUCCCGAUGGCCUUGGAACCGUAGUCAUUGAGACGCCGACAUCAGGACCGGAGGAUGAGACGACAACCAGUGAGGGUUCUGCAAACACUGCAUUCCCAGUGGGUAGACAGAACAUCACUCUCUACAGCGGUGGCCCAGGUUCCAUUGUAACGACAAUCUACUAUCCACCUGCGUCAAGCGAUCUCGAUGAGCCCGGCACGGUAGUGAUCCAGACCCCAACGGCAGGUCCUGUAGAGGACGCAUCAGCUUCUGCAAGUGAAGCCGCUACGCCAAUCCAGAACAUUACUCGUAUUGUGGGAGGACCUGCCUCUGUCACAACGACAAUCUACAUCCCUCCCACUGCCUCUGGUGAACCUGGAGUGGUCAUUAUUGAGACGCCUACAGCCAGUCCCGAGGAGGGAGAGACAUCUUCAGCAUCAACCACUGAAACUACUCGGGAAGAGGAAGCGACUGGUAUUCCCAAUGUCACUCGCUACGUUGGCGGUCCCGCUUCCAUCACAACAACAUACACAAUACCCCCUGCCUCGUCUGGAGACCCAGGAACAGUGGUCAUCCAGACACCUUCUGCCAGUCUUGACCAGAGCGCUUCGGCAACUGAGAUUCCAAACGUCACCAGAUACAUCGGUGGCCCAGCUUCAGUCACCACGACCUAUACUCUCCCUCCAGCUUCACCUGGGGAGCCAGGUACUGUUGUGAUACAAACCCCAACUGCCAGUCCUGAAAGCGCUACGUCUUCCUCACCAGCUGAAAUUCCAAAUGUCACUCGUUACGUCGGCGGACCAGCGUCAGUUACCACAACGUAUACCAUCCCUCCAGCCUCAUCUGGGGAGCCGGGUACAGUGGUUAUCCAAACUCCAAGCGCUGCUCCAGAGGAGACUUCAUCCUCAGCCGUAAGCAUAACGCGACCACCAACAGUCGCACAGAACACAACCAUCUUCGGCGGCGGAGCAGGCUCAACAACGAGAACAAUCUACAUCCCCCCUGCUUCAGAAGGCGAGCCAGGAACAGUCCUCAUCGAGACACCAACCGCCAGUCCCGCAGCUUCAACCAUUCCUAUCACCGGCGCACCAGCAGGCAUUCCGGCAACUUCUACCCCAAUCGUCGCUGGUACCAAUGUCACUAUCUUCAGAGCUGCUCCUCCCACAGCGACGGCUGAACGAACUUUGUAUGAUCCGCCGACUGCGGCUGGAGAGCCUGGUACAGUUGUUAUCGAGACAAUGGUCGUGUCUUCGACUUCUGGUACAACUGCGCCGUUGGGCAUGGAGACUCCUGCUGUCACAACUUUAAGUGGCUCUUCAACCAGUUCUGCUACUAUCGCUUCACCCUCUUCUACAUCGAGCAGCGCGGCAGCGGCAGCAGCAGCAAGUUCAUCCAGCAGUGUUGCAGCGGCCGCUGCCUCAAGUUCUUCUAGUGCUGCAGCAGCGGCGGCUUCGAGUUCUUCUUCUGUUGCAGCAGCUACAUCAAGUUCCUCAGCUGCUGCUGCAGCCUCAAGCUCAUCAAGUGCCGCCGCCGCCGCAUCUUCAUCAUCAAGCGCAGCUCCAGCACCAGCUACCACAAGCUCAACCAGUGCUGCACCCCCAGUAAUCACCACAUCCAGCAGCGCAGCCGUCCCCGUCGUCGCCACCUCUUCCAGCAGCACCUACAGCACAAGUAUGAUGCCCCAACUCGCAUUCGGCCCAACAUUCGACUGCGAUGGUUUCGGCUACACGGUCCAAAGCCUCCUCGCCAACACCCUCACGCGCGUCAACCUCGUCACCGGUCAGCGAACAGAUAUCAGAACGGGUAUUGGUCCCGGUGGUGCUAUCAAUGGUAUCGGCUUCAAUAGACUCGAUAACUACAUCUACGGCUUCUCCCAACUGCCACUUCUUAGUGGCCUUGCUUGUGCCGUCUUCGGAUGUAAGCAAUCAAAGCUCAUCCGUAUUGCUAAAGAUGGUCGAUGGGAGGUCCUUGAUCUUGUGAUUGGUUCGAAUGCUAUUAGUAUGGGCGAUGUAGAUGAUCAAGGAAGGUUCUGGGUAUCAGAAGGUGGAGGGCGAUGGUGGUGCAUUGACUUGAGACCAACUAGCAGCACUUUCGGCAAACUUCUGAACUCCGGCACGUCUGCCACCAAUCUCCUUUCUGGAGUGGGCGACUGGGCAUACGUCCCCGGCGGAGGAAACUAUCUCUACGCUUUACAGGCAUCCGUCAUCGAGAACGGCCUCCUCAGAACAAACAUCGUCCGCUGGUCUUUGACCACACAAAAGUGGGAGAACUACCAAGCCUACCCAGGCAUCCUCAACACAGCGCUCAACCUCGUCUGGGGUGCCGCCAUGGCAGCGCCAGGUGGAACGCUCUUCGCUCAGGAAUCUGUCCUCGGACAAACGUGGAAGUUCACACUCGGAUUCGGAGCCUCGGACCCGACACCGAUACCAGGCGGUGCUAUUCUCAAUUUGCUAGGAUCGGAUGGAGCCAGGUGUGCGAAUGCUGCAGUUUCAUGA